AUGGUCGUAUUUUUUGUUGUACUUUUUCUAUGUUCUGUGGUUGUACCCAUAGAGUAAGAAAGUCUUGUCUCUGGUUGUACCUAUCUGUUAUUAUCAUAAUAGGGUUAUUUGCUUGUUAAAUGAUUUGAUCCAUAUGCUUUUAUGUUCUGUGCCCAUAUGUUUUUUUAGUUUAUAAAAAUAAUUUCGUUGUGGUAACAUUUCGAGUCUUUAGUAAGUUACUAAUAGUAACAACUAUUGUUAUAUUUAUAAAACAAGUUAAGUACCUACCUAUAAUUAAUAAGAAAAUAUGGAAUUUGAUUUAAAAGAAGAUUUGGCACCAACAAACCAAGACGUUUUAAUUAUACAACCCAUAAAAGGCGACACCAUCCAUAGAAUAUGUUCUGGACAGGUGGUUUACAGUCUGGCAAUAGCAAUGAAAGAACUAGUUGAAAAUGCAGUUGAUGCAGGUGCCACAAUAAUAGAUGUUCAUUUGAAAGAAUAUGGUUCUGAAAUCUUAGAAGUUUCUGAUAACGGCACUGGUGUACAAAAAGAAAACUUUCAGAAUUUAACUCUUAAACAUUACACUUCUAAACUUCAGAACUUUGAGGAUUUGGAGAAUGUAACAACUCUUGGAUUUAGAGGUGAAGCACUUAGCUCCCUCUGUGCACUUUCUAAUUUAUCUAUAACAACAAAGUAUACAAACUCUGAAAUAGCAACUAAAAUUAUUUAUGAUAAUAAUGGAAAAAUAAUAUCAGAAACACCAAUUGCCCGGGCUCAAGGAACAACUAUUACGCUUGAAAAUUUAUUUUCAUCCUUACCAGUCAGAAGAAAGGAAUUUAUAAAAAAUUUAAAAAGAGAAUUCAACAAAAUGUGUUCUUUGCUUUAUUCUUAUUGCCUUGUAUGCAAAGGUAUCAGGUUUAAAUGCAUCAAUAUUAACAAAAAUGGUAAUAAAUCUGUAAUUGUUGCCACUGAGGGAAGUAGUUCAGUAAACGAAAACGUAAUAAGUGUUUUUGGGACCAAACAAAUCGCAUCUCUAGUAGAAAUUCCUCUUAGCAUUCCAGAUGAACAAACUUUACAAGAGUUUGGUUUAAAUAUAUCUGAUGGAAAUGAAUUGCCCUUUUCUUUUGAAUGUUUAACAUCCAGUGCACAACAUGGUAGCGGUCGUAGUUCUACAGAUAGACAAUUUUUUUAUAUAAAUUCAAGUGAGGUUAGAAUGUCGCAAGCGUGCUAUAAGUGCAAUAACCAAUGUGUUUUAAAGGAGAACAAGGACAAGUUAUUUGGUUACCCCUGUGAUUUCUGCAAGAAGAUAUGUGGCGAGUGUACCGGCUUAAUGGCUCAAGAAAAUGCAAGGAGUGAAUCAAAAAGCUACCCCAACUACAAAACAAGGUACAAUACAACAGUAAAGAACCUGGAAGAACUUAAGAUUGAAGUAGACUCACUUAAAGGUUCGGUGAAGCAAAGCAGAAAGGAAAAUGAUGAAAUUUGGAAGGAAAUAAGUAAAUUUAAAGAGGAGAUGAACCAGGUAAUUGGAAAAUUACCAGAGUCAAGCUAUGCCGACGCACUGAAGCUUGAAAUGAAAGUAGAGAUAAUUAAAACACCAGAAGUAACCAGCAUUAUUUGA